UACCAAAUCCUCCAAAGCAGUUUGUGGACGACAUUAACAAACUUACCCCCCACUCCCCAGUUCUCAAUGCACCUCAUUCUCUUCUCCCCCUCUCUCCACAAUUCAAACCCUAACAAUUUUGGUUCGGGGAAAACAGGUUGGUGCUUCAAGAUCAUACAAAGACGAUGAUGAAGCAGUAUGUAUCAUCAUCAUCACCAUCGCUUAAAAUAGCAACCACAGGAGGAUUAAUUACGUUGUCGAAUUUGAAUUUGCAUUUUCCAUCUUCUCCACACUGUUGUCGAGAUCCUAAAUCUAGUUUCUCUUCCUUCCCUCUGAUUGCAGCUAAAUUUGUCAUUUCGCAUCGGAACGCCGUUUGCUACGCAGUCCAAGAGUCAUCCGCCGCUUCUACUGUUGCUGCCGAAACUAAAGAGGAUAAAGAGGGAGAAUCCAAAGCGGCUGCUGCUCCGGCGAAGCCAAAGGCUCCGGCGAAAGCCCCUGUUAAGGCGUUACCGGAGAUGAUGAAAGAGGACGUGAUUCCUUCCCUAAGAUCGAUUCUUGAAACUCAACAAGAUAUAUCCGAACUUGAAUUGUUUUUUGAAGACAACAAGCUAGAAGGGUCCUUUAUGAAGAAGGGUAUACCAUAUUCAUUCUGGGCUUUAUUCCCAGAUGGUAACAUCACAGGUCCAAAAGGGUUUUCAAUAUCAUCAUACGGGUCAACUGCAAGCAAUGUGGAACCUUUUCUGGUGGAUGAGAAAAAAGUGACAUCAAAACUUCUUGUUUUCUGGGUUGAAAAGCGUUUAGCAGCUCAAGGAAUAAUUCCUGUCUGGACAGAUUAAGAUCAUGUUUCUAACUGUUCAUACUCAACAACAACCAUAUACAUGAUAAUGUACAAGUUUUUCGG